AUGACUUCUCCUCCUUUCCUCAUUGAUCUUCCAGCUGGGUCGCCCUCAUCCCUCGGAAAAUACCAUAGCGACCUCCCCUUCCCUUCUGGGUCUCCGCCGCCUUGCAGGAAAGGAUUCAGCCCCUUCCUCAACCUCGAGCUGCCUCUGGCGACCGGGAAAGGUUACAGCGACCACCCUGUCCAUACUGCCGGCCUUUCCCCAAACGCAGGCAAAAGGUGCAACGAAUCCUCUCAUCCUCUGGAAUCUCCCUGCUUCUCCAGAGAACCUUUUUCUUGCCACCCUAGUAGCCCUGGAAUUUCUUCCAUACUGCCGGCCUUUCCCCAAACGCAGGCAAAAGGAUUCCAGCUGUAGCACUAAUCCCAGCUGUAGUUCGACUGUUAUUAGCAAAUGCCAGAGUAGUGACAGCCAGAGCAGGAAGUCCUACCAAAGCCAAAUUCAGAGCCAAAGCAAGAGUCCCCAUCAUGGCACAAAUCAGAGCCGGAGCAAGAGCAUCAUUUGAGCAGAAGUCCGAGCAGGAAAAGGAGUCCCUAUCCUAGCAGAAGCCGGAGCGGGAGCAGUAGUCCUCAACAAAACACAAGUCUGGGCCAGAGUGAGAGUCCCCACCUUAGCAUAAAUGAGCGCCAGGGUGAGAGUC